ACACACUCCAUCUAGCUGGCAAACAUGAGACCGUUGGCGUGUUUUCUUUCUCUUCUCUCUCUCCUCAGCGCUGGAGAAUGUGGGAAUGUUUUGGUUUGGUUUACUGAGGGCAGCCACUGGAUUAAUAUGAAGAUUGUGUUGGAAACGCUGAUCGACAGGGGACACGAUGUGACGGUGCUGGUUCCCGAUGCUUCUCUCUUCAUGAAAGCCAACGCAUCGGAUCGCUUCUCCUACCAGCCCUUUAACGUGUCCAUGGAUGAGCAGGAGAUGAAAGUCUUCAUCGAGGAGUUUCUGUAUUUUUCACUGUAUGAAAUGGACCAGCUGAACUUUUUCCAGAUGCAAUCAAAAGUCUACGAGUUCACCUCCAAACUUCAGGACAUGUCCAUUUCAUACUGUGACGGCGUCCUGAAGUCUCCAGGGUUGCUGGAUAAAUUGAGGAAACACAAGUUUGAUGUUGUUUUUUCUGAUCCGAUUUAUCAGUGUAGUGAUAUUGUGGCUGAGGAGCUGAAUGUUCCCUUGGUUUACACUUUCCGGUUUUCCCUUGCUCAUGCAGCAGAGCGCAUGUGUGGUCAGAUACCAGCUCCGCCAUCAUAUGUUCCUGGAGCCAUGAGUAAACUCACAGACAAGAUGAGCUUUACUGAGCGGAUCUACAAUAUGCUCUUCUACCUUUCCCAAGAUGCUUUUGCUAUUUUUGCCUGGAAAAAAAUUGACAACUAUUACACUGAAUAUUUUGGACGGCCCACUUCCUAUUGUGAGAUGAUGGGUAGAGCCGAUAUCUGGUUAAUCAGAACCUACUGGGAUUUUGAGUUUCCGCGGCCAUUCGUGCCCAACUUCAAAUAUAUCGGAGGGCUUCACUGCACUCCUGCCAAGCCAUUACCCAAGGACAUGGAGGAGUUUGUGCAGAGCUCAGGGGAAGAUGGGAUUGUGGUCUUCACACUGGGCUCCUUGGUAGGCAAAGUACCCAAAGAGAUCAGCAACAGAAUCGCCUCCGCACUGGCACAGAUACCACAGAAGGUCUUGUGGCGAUACGGUGGAGAGAAACCAGAUACUCUUGGUGAAAACACUAGAAUCUAUAAGUGGAUCCCUCAGAAUGAUUUACUGGGCCACCCCAAAACCAGAGCGUUCAUCACUCACGGGGGCACCAAUGGCGUAUAUGAGGCCAUAUAUCAUGGUGUCCCGAUGGUCGGCAUCCCCUUGUUUGGUGACCAGCCUGAUAAUAUGGUUCAUAUGACCACCAGAGGUGCUGCUGUUGUAGUAGACAGCAUUAAGAGCAUGCAGCCACAAGAACUGGUGGACAAACUCAAUACAGUCAUUAAUGACCCUUCGUAUAAAGAGAAUGCAAUGCGUUUGUCCAGGAUUCAUCACGACAGACCAAUGAAGCCUUUAGAUGAGUCUGUGUUCUGGAUUGAGUUCGUCAUGCGCAAUAAAGGUGCAAAACACCUGCGUGUGGAGGCCCACAACCUGACCUGGUAUCAGUACCACUGUCUGGAUGUGUUCGCUUUUCUUACCACUGUCCUGACUCUAGUCCUCUACAUCUGCUUUAAAAUGGCCAAAUUCUUCAUCAUGCGCUGCUGCUUUAGAUCAAAGAGGAAAAGCAAGAAAGAGUGAUAAAAGACAGAGAGAGUUCUUACUUUUUUUUGCACUGAAAUUUGCACUUUCCAAUCAACUCAUAUUCGCAUGAGGAUGUUCCUCAGCAACACAUCCCUUGGAUGGACUUUUAUUUUACAAUAAUUACAAUACAGUCUUUUUAAAUGGCUAUAAAUCUUAGUUGUUCAUUGUUGCUGUCGCCUUGAGUUUGAUUAAAUUGUAAAGCACAACCUUUACUGUUUUAAAAUGAUUAAUAAUAUGAGAAGUGCUACUAUAGCAAUAUCUAUUUUCUUUAAAUAAUUAAUUUUUCCUCGUAAAUAAAACAAUUACUAGAC